CUACGAUUGGACGGUUCAGAAGUCAUUCACAGACCCCAGCCAACCGCUUCACAGGAAUACGGGUCGCAGCAAACAACAAUGGCGUCCCAUUUCAGUGGAGUGCUUCAGCUCACGGAUCUGGAUGAUUUUAUCACUCCGUCUCAGGAAUGCGUGAAGCCUGUAAAAGUGGAAAAGAAGCAGGGCAGAUCUGUGGCUAAAAUCCAGAUUGAAGAUGAUGGCAGUUACUUCCAGGUCCAUCAGGAUGGUCAAAGAGAAAAGUUGGAGAAAGCGAAGAUAACUCUAAACGACUGUCUGGCCUGCAGUGGCUGCAUCACGUCUGCGGAGAGCGUCCUGAUCACCCAGCAGAGUCACGAGGAGCUGAACCGCGUGCUGCGUCAAAAUAGGCAGGUCAGCAGUAGCGAGCAGAAGGUGGUGGUGGUGUCCGUGUCUCCUCAGUCCAGAGCCUCUCUAGCAGCACACUACGCUCUCAGCAGCAGCGAAGUGGCUCGUAGACUCACCAGCUUCCUGAAGAACUUGGGUGUCCAUCACGUGUUUGACACCAGCUUCAGUCGCUCCUUCAGCCUGUUAGAAAGCCAGAGGGAGUUUCUAGAGCGAUUCAGACGGAGGGAAGUAGACAAGAAGGCUCUACCGAUGCUGGCGUCUGCCUGUCCAGGCUGGAUUUGCUAUGCUGAGAAGACUCACGGUGACUUCAUCCUGCCGUACAUCAGCACGACCCGCUCGCCGCAGCAGAUGAUGGGGUCUCUGGUCAAGGGCUAUUUUGCCUCUCAGAAGGGCGUCCCACCACAGCAGAUCUACCAUGUGACCGUGAUGCCCUGCUAUGACAAGAAACUCGAGGCUUCCAGACCUGACUUCUACCUCAGCGAGAACGAGACCAGAGAGGUGGACUGCGUCAUCACUUCAGGUGAAGUGCUGAAGAUGCUGGAAGAGGAGAAAGUGUCCUUGAGGGACGUGGAAGUGGCACCUUUAGACACGAUGUUCAGUAACAUAUGUGGAGAGGAGCUGCUGCGUCACGCAGGAAGUGGAUCGGGAGGAUACCUUCAUCACAUCUACAAACAUGCCGCCCAGCAGCUGUUCGGGAUUGAAGUAGAUGAACUCACUUACAAGACGAUGAAGAACAAAGACUUCCAGGAAGUCACCCUAGAGAAGGACGGUGAGGUUCUGCUGCGGUUCGCUGCCGUCUACGGCUUCAGGAACAUCCAGAACCUGGUGCAGAAGCUGAAACGUGGAAAGUCGCCUUACCACUUUGUGGAAGUGAUGGCAUGUCCGUCAGGAUGUCUGAACGGUGGCGGUCAGCUGAAGCCUUCAUCAGGUCAAACUAACAAAGAGCUGCUGCAGCAGGUGGAGGAGCUGUACCACGGUGAACGUGCCUCGGUGCCAGAGCAGGACUCACGAGUGGCUGAACUCUACCAGAGCUGGAUCGAGAGCGUGGGACGGGAGAGAGCCAGACAGCUGCUGCACACGCAGUACCACGCCAUAGAGAAAAACACCAGUGGACUCAGUAUAAAGUGGUGAGGAGCCACGAGACGCUGCUUCUUUGCCUUCUGAUAAAUGUUUGACGAAGUCGAGUUAAACUUUAACAAGUCAAGGUGCAUUUGACACUACACCAGCUACACACUUAUAGACAGGCCAUUAGCAAAUGUGAUUAUGUUUGAUAAAACAGAUGAAGUUAUAUUUCCUUCAAGUAUGCUUCUAUAAAGUAUCCGCUGAAAAAGGUUGAGGUCAAACUGGUCUUUGUGUGUCUUAUAGCAGGAGGCAAUUUUUCUGCGUCCAUGAGUGUUGCCUUGUGUUGUUUCUUUCUUUCGUGUAUUUGAGAGUUUGUUUCUUUCAAAGUGUUGAAGGCAAAGAAAAUGCAGUAGAUGUUACUAUGUAGUAUGCACUGAAAAUUAUACCUUUUCUUCUUUUUUAAAUAUUCUUUGAUUUAUGAUGAUAAUAAAUAUAUAAGUCAUUCCAUGAAUGUAAUUCUAUUUAUGGAGAAAAUAAACUAUAAAUAUAUUUUAA